UUGCGUCUUCAAAGCAUGGCCAGCCGAGCUGCCACACAGAUUCUGAAACCGAACUGGUUUGUCGCUGGGAGGUGGAUGCCAUUACCAACUGCACCGCCGAGUUUAAACUCCUCUACCGGGCAGAAUCUGCAAGGCAGUCACAGGAAUGUGUUCCGAAGAAUGAGCAAGGCCCAGGCGCUGCCUCCCACUGCGUUUGCAUCAUUCUGGGGCUGAACUACAGAAUAUUCAUGUAUGACUUAGUGCUGGUCAGGACAGAGAACAGGGCCAAAGUCUGGAACGUGACACUGGACACGGGACUUAUUACGAAGCCCAGGCCCCUGAUAAACCUGACGGCUGGAAAGGGGAAAGACCGCACAUUCAUCCUUACCUGGAAGCGGGAUUACAAUUCAGAUGUCCUUUGCAAAGCUGCAGCAAAGUAUGAAGUUGCCUAUUGGCCGAAAAACCAUACAGAAAUGAAACUCAUUCUUCCAGAGGUCUUGCCCCACCAUAAGAUCUUUGCUGACAAGCUCCGCCUGGGGUCCACCUACGAAGCAAGUGUGCGCUACAAAUUGAUAUUAUGGGACGGAACCUGGAGUGAGUGGAGUGCUACAUGUGAAUGGUUAAACGAUUUUGAGCCCAGACCUGAAAAGGAAUCCUGGACGUUUAUUCCUUGGUUGUGUAUCAUGGUCAUCGUUCUCAUUCUCUCCUGCUACCUCAGUUCGCUUUGGGUGAAGAGGAAAUGGUGGGAUGAGAUCCCAAGUCCAGCCAAGAGCAAAAUGGUAGAGGAUAUGACAGCGAGAAAACUGUUUUCAGUUUUUGGCAUGAUGGAGACAGCAGCAGAACACAAGACAGUUUCCUGUGACUCCCGCAGACGACAGUUUCAGAGCAAAGGUGGUGCUGAUCUUCCUCACCAGCCUACGAGAGCGAACUGGGAGCCCUUUCUAAUCCCUGAAGUCUCUUUGAUUGACGGCUCUCUUACAACGUGCAGCAGUGCAGUAGGCAUCAAACAAGGAAGCCCGGAAGAGGAAGAGGAAGAGAUGGAUCACGUCCCACAUGAAGACGCCCUGGCCGGUCUCUUCAGGGACCUUCUGUGCGGCGGCGUCCUGAGCACAGGGGAUCUGGGGCCCCCAGCAACCUCCGCCCAAAGAGGUUGUACUGCUCCAGAGAAGUGUGACUGUCUGGAGGGCUUCUUCCAGCCUGUUUACCAAGGCUGCAGCAUGGUGUCCCAGGCCUGUGAGAGCUCUGGGCCUGAGCAUUCAUGCCUGUCCACUCCUGAAGCACGAGCCAACUGGCUGCCUGGGCUGGAGAGCUCACCAGCUGCUCCCUCUGGCACCAUCAUACCUGGCAGAGCCAGUCCUCAGGCCAAAGACAAGUCAGAGGGUGGCAUGGCCGCCCCCUCUGCUCCAGGCUACAAGUCCAUCAGCAGCCUUGAGGCUCAGGCUGGGAGCAGCUUCAGCCAGGCUUGGCAGCAAUGGCCUUGUCUUCCUCAGGGAGGCCAAACCCAGGCCCAGGGCAGCCCAGGACCCAGCCUUCUGCCUCCAGGGACAGAGCCACUGCUAGGUGCUUCCAGAAGGUUCCCAGCAGGUCAAGACUCGCUGUCCCUUUACGGAUCAGCCACAGAAAUGUGGCUUUCACCUCCACAGCAGGGAAUGGCCUUGGAAGCCUCUGCUCUGCUUGACCUCAGAAGGCCAGGGAGCCUGUCUGGUCCAAAGGCCUCUCUCCUCUCUGGCUACCGCUCCUUCAGCUGUGCUCUCCAGAGCAGCGUCUCCUCCCAGGAUUUCUGCUUGGAGUCCCCCUAUAAGGCUUUCCUCAGCUCAGUCCCCUUGGACCCCAGUCUGGAGGCGGCGCAGGCUCUUGGCAGCCCAGCUUGGCCAAAUGCCCCUUGGGGAUGGGUGGGGACAGACCUCUGACCAGCACUCGAGCGUUCUGCCAUAAAAGGGAGCCCGUGCCAGGCACUAAGGACUUUCAUGCCCCUGAGUUGCUGAGCAGGGAGCAGGAGAGCCUCCAUCCAAGCCUCAGAUGGGGGGGUCCUGCUCCCAUUUCACGCCUGGAGAACACAGUUGCGCUCUUGUGGGGAGAGGGUCUCUCUCAAUGUCAGGACCCAACAGAGUUGGCUGGAGAAAAACCAGGGCAAUGACCACCUCCUUGACGUGGGACAGUUGGCAGAGCCUGUGGCUGGGUCACCCAGAACCUGCCUCUUGGAGGGAAGCUGAGGGGCAUAAAACAGAGGCUUUUCAGGGGCAGGGGAUUCAUUAAAACCGCAACAAAAGGGACUCCAUGAGCGUGCUUAAAGAAACCUCAGAGCUAAACGGGCUUUGCACCUUUUCAGACAGAAGCAGAUAAGCAGCUUCUGAAAAUCCAUUUCCCCACUUCACAAUCCUGGAGUGUUUUGUGAGCUGUAAAUGGGGAAUUUGCAUGGCUGCCAAGGGGGGUCAGGAAGCCUGCACCAUGGGAUGUAUUUCCCCCGACUCGUGGCCCUUCCCGAUUUCAAGGCCCUUCGUAGAGCUGCUGCUAUGGAAGGGGACCUGGUUGAUCCCGCUUCACCUGGAAGGCGGCUGCUGUGGGCAUCUUGCCAAGCCCACCCUGCUCACAUCCCCCUUGGCUCCUGCACUUCCCAAACCUUGACUGUGAGUGUAACAUUAAAGACUUUUAUCCCUCCAA